AUGGCGAAGGUAGUGCAGGGGCAUAGGAGGUUUGAAGGAUUUCGAAAAACAGUCAACCCUGACAGAUUGAAUUUUGUUAGACUAAUAGAUUUGUUGGAUGAGGGAGCUAUUUCUUGGGAAGAAUAUGCCUUGGAGGUGAAGAAGUCACACACCAACAGACUUGGAGCACCGUACCUAAGACAAGUAGGAGAAAUGCCAAGACUAGAGGAGAAUUUUUGUGCAAAUCCUUUUCCUGGUUCUGUUUGUAAUAGAUCUCAAGAGCAAAUUAGUAGCCUGCAACUUGACCGGAGACCGAGUUUAAGG